CCGGCGCCGCGGGGAGCUGCUGCGCAGGAUGCGGCUGGUGCGGGGCGCGCUGCGGGCCUGGCGGGACAGCUUCGACUGCGGGGGUCGCAGCGUGGCCAUGUGGUUCCCCGGGCACAUGGCCAAAGGACUCCGGCAGAUGAAGGGGAAGCUGCAAAAGGUGGACUGCCUCGUCGAGGUGCACGAUGCCCGCAUCCCGUUCUCGGGCCGGAACCCUGUCUUCCAGGAAGCCUUGGGAGUCAGACCUCACCUUCUCCUACUGAACAAAAUGGACCUGGCUGAUUUAAAGGAGAAAUCCAGAAUCCUGGAGCAGCUGAAACAGGAAGGCCUCAAAAAUGUCAUCUUCACAGACUGUGAGAGAGAGGAAAAUAUCAAGGAGGUAGUUCCCCUCAUCACGGAGCUGGUCAGCAGCAACCAGCGCUACCAAAGAGCUGAGAAUGUGGAGUACUGCAUCAUGGUGAUUGGGGUGCCAAACGUGGGAAAAUCCUCACUCAUCAAUGCCCUGCGGAGGCUGCAUCUCAAGAAGGGGAAGGCAUCUCAAGUUGGUGGUGAGCCAGGGAUCACCAAGGCUGUGCUUACCAAAAUCCAGGUCUCAGAGAGGCCCGUGAUGUACUUGAUAGACACCCCAGGGGUGCUGUCUCCAAGAAUAGGGAGUGUGGAGACUGGCUUGAAGCUGGCACUAUGUGGGACAAUCCGGGACUACCUGGUUGGGGAGGAUGUCAUGGCUGACUAUCUGCUGUACAACCUGAACAAGCACCAGCUGUUCAAGUACGUGGAGCGCUAUGGGUUGGAUGCGCCCUGCGAUGACAUUGAGAGCGUCCUUAAGCGAGUGGCACUGAAGCUGGGCAAGACUCGUAAAGUGAAGGUGCUCACAGGGACAGGGGAUGUGAAUGUGAUUGCACCUGACUACAAUGCAGCUGGUUAUGAGUUCGUGCGCACCUUCCGAAAGGGGGAGCUGGGUAAAGUGAUGUUGGACUGAGACCCUGUACCCUACCCAGCUCCAUGUACCUGUGUUGGGAUUGGGAAACAAGGGAGGAGAGACAUGCACCUAGCACUGGUGCUGCCUAGGGAGUCUUCUGCAGCUGUCCUUUUCUUCCUUUGGCAGUAGCCCAAGGGCUUCUAUUUUCCAUAAUUGCAAGAAUCACGUGCGUCUCCUCUUGCCUAGGUGGGGUGGCAGCAGGGUAGAUGUUUCUUCUGCUACCCUGGAUGGAACUGUGGAUAUUCCAGACCAUUUCCCUCCUUAUAUAUGUGGCUGCAGACCUCAUCACUAUGGAAUUCUGGUUUCCUCUGUUAAAAGAUCCAAACUUCUAAUAAACAUCCAAAAUCAAACGCCAAAAUAUAUAGCUAUUUUGAAAUACAUGGAUUUUGAAAAUCCACAUUUUUUCACAACAUUAAAAUGAAACACCACUGUAUUUAUGGGUAUCAGUUGAACACAGAACUCCCUCUGCCCCCUUCCCUCGCUAGGAUGCAGGUCCAGCUGUGGCUCUUCCCACUGCUGCUUUGUGGUGCUGAGAAACCCUGAUAUGCCCUGAUAACCCAAGCCCCCCAUCCCCAUCAGUGCCCCGCAGUGUGUGGGUCUGGGGGAGUUGUGGGGGCAGGAAAGGUGACUGACCAUAAGCAGUGCUAUAGGUGACGUGGGGACGUGAGGCCCCCCCGGUUUCUGCGCCCACAGUGGAGAACAGGGCUGCAGCCUGGCCAGACCAGCACCAGGCAUGGGCUGCCUUCAUGGCCCAACAGGCAGAGCCUGGUAUGGGAAGGUGGCAUGGGGUGGCGAGACUCAUUGCUGCCACCACUACGAGCCCUGUGCCAGCUGCGCCACCAUGGUGAGGUGCCCAUUGCCUGCCCCUGCAGUUGGGGGACACAAGCUGCACCCACUGUGGCGGCAGGCAGGGGGCAUCAUACCAGCUGUUGUGGGGCUUGUGACAGCGGUAGCAGCAAGUCUCACCACCCUGCUCUGUCCUGUGCUGGGUCCCAACCUCUGGCCUGCAGGGGUACGUAGCUCCUGCCUAGUGCUAGUCCAGCCAGGCUACAGCCCCAUGCCCCACUGUGGGUGCCAAAAUUUGGGGUACAUGCCCUCCUCCCCAUGCCCUCCAAUGCAUUACCUCUGGCACCUGAGCACACGGCAGUGGGGAGCUGCCUCCCCCAGCAGCACCACCAGCCCCAGCUACCAACCCUGGCCCACUCCCUCCCUCACCGUGUGGGUGCAGUGUGAGCUGCUGCCUCCAUCUUGCCACAAGUUGUGCCCCCCUACCCCCAUAGACUUGCUUGAAGACAGCUGCUGGAACUGCUCUCCAUCACACUGUCUGAGACUGUAUUGUUGGCCUCUUGCACAUCGCUCUUCUCCCACUACCCCCAGCCCCAAACAACUCCUUGCAGGCUGGAACUCUGCCAGCUUGCAAAAGGAAACCCAUGGGGUUCCUGCAUUUUUCUCCUUUAGAAGAGAAAAUCACACAUUUUCCCUUUAAAGGGGAAAGUUUGCAUUUUUUCCGCAGCAAAUGAGAAACCCAGUUCUAUGCUCAUCACCUGCCUUGGGCCCCAGUAGCCACAUUGUUUCACUGCCCCUAAAUCCUGAAUUUCAGCUGAGGCAAGGUCUAAUAGUGCUGAAUAGGCCUUUGGAUGGCUAAGGCCUAAUUGGAAACAAAGCACUGUAUCCAUAUAGGAGUCCUGUUCUGUUUGGACCAUUGCCACCUGCGGGAUGGGCCUGUCCUCCCCUUCUGUGAAUGAGCAGAGGAUGCCCUUUGAGGGCCCUUGGGAAGUGUAGCAUGAGUUCUAUUCCUAUGUUGGGAAUUGUGCUGUCUAUGCACAACUGUUUGGGCUUCAUGUCCUUGCUAUGCGGCCAAAGGCCUGUUGGUCCUGAGGCUGGAGCAGGGUCACAGCUUUUCCUGAGACAAAAAUGGAAGGUUUUAAGUUGUUUUUUUAAAAUAAAAUUUUAGCCCAGCCUUGGGCUUGCUACUCUGGUUUAACAUUAAACUGGACUCUGUUCUUUCA